UGAAUUAGAUGACCUGUAAGGGUCUCUUCCAACGCAAACAACUUUAUGAUUCUAUGAAGAAAUGGAUUGUCAUUGGGGUUGAAGUGGAAAAAGCCCAUGCUGGCCAUCUUACAGGAUGGCUUUUUGUGGCGUGUCUCAAAGCACUGUCUGGAUGAGCUUUCAAUUACCUACGUGAUGGGGUUCCUCUUCCAUCCCUUGGCAAGUUGUUCUGUGCUCUAAAAUAAGCUUCACAAGCAGAGCCAUUCCUCACAGCGUGAAGCCUUCCUGUUGUGAGGAUCCAUUAUGUGUGCAGCAUAAUGAAGUGUGAUGGAUGUGGGGAGCAGCAGCAGCCUUUCUUUUUGAUGGCCAGCUUCUGCAGAGAAACAGAACUCUGAACUAACCUCUGUCUUUGGGACCCAAGGGACUUAACGUCUUAGUUAUGAUACGGGCCUGCUUAACAUUCAGCAGCCUGUACCAUUGCACAGGCUGCAGGCAUUCAUCCUGAUGAAGUGGCAAAGCAGCUUGAGAAGUUCUUAGGAUAUCUCAUUCAGGCCUUCAGGAUGGGAGGGAAAUGCUGUUAAUAUGCCCCUUUAGUGUUUUUUUCUAGUGUUUUUCUUUCUCCUUUACUUCCCCUGUCAGCUCUGCAAAGGCAUCUUUGAACUUGCAUGUGCAGCCAGAUUUUUUUUUCUCAGCAUGAUCCGGACACAUUUUGGCUGCACAUUGCAGUACGCCUCAGUGGUUAGAAAUCAGCAGCAGACAGAAUGUAGCACUGGGAAGCCGUGUUGGUUUGAUUUCUCUUGCACUAGAUGUUUUCUUUCUUCUUUUGUGACCAAAGAAAUAGCCCUUUCUAUUAAGAAAAGAGAUGCUUCACCAGCGGGUCCAGGCCAAUGCAAAGCCAUUAUGGAGAAAUCGGACAGCAAGCCUGGAUGCGAGCGAGCACGGGGCAGGUGCCUUUCAUCUAUUUCCUCUCUCGCUAUUUAUAGAAUAUGGGAGAAGCAAUUGGGAUCUGUGUCCUUGUUUUGUAGUGUCUCUGUCUGGCUGGUAAUACAGAGUUUGCAUAGCUGAAGUGAAGUCAGGUUUUGAUUCUGGUAGAGCCUGCAACACUGUUGAGAAAAGGAGCACCGAGCCCGCUCCUGAGGUCUGAAAGCACUUUUAAGUGCGUGCUGUCUUUGCUAUAGCAACUAAAAAUAUGUUUAUUGAUAGUGUUGCUUUUGUUAUAUUCUUGGAGAGCAUUCCCUGAUGGCCCCAUCCAAUGUUAAUGCUCGGGAGGCAUGCUAGUAAUAAGGCUUGCUGUGUGAUUACUGUCUCUGAGGGAAUAAUGUUUGUACAGUCAUUAAUGAGAGACAAUUACAGGUAAGACAUGAGCUGGCAACAAGGGUUUUUGAGCCCUUUGGGUGGGUGCUUAGGAGAUGAGCUAACUGCUAUUGGGACUGGAACUUUACAAUGCCUUUUUUAGUUUUAAAAAGAAGGUGCUGGCUUUGAAGUCGGCUUGACAUUGUUGCUUUUAGCAUGGAUCUUCUGGUCUCCUGCACCUUGAAAUCAUUUAACAGAGCAGAAAAAGCUUCCACUUUAUCUUUCUCUCCUAAAUAAAAACACACUGCUACUUUCUGAGCCAGCAAAGUUCAGUAUUUUUUUUUCUUCUCAAAAUAGCCAAUGAUCCGGCAGGGAUUUUGUUUGGACCAUGCUAUGGGAUUUCCAUGCUCUGGGGCUUGAGGUGAUUUCAUUCUGUCUGCUUUAGGACAGUGUUUUACUUCGGCUGGAUUUUGGUUUGCAAGGACAUGAUUCAUGAGUGAAUUUGGCCUCUUUCCCAGUGCAAAUUCAGCUUCUUAAAAAUAAAUAAAUAAAUUACCUGCAAGUAUGGAGAAGCCUGGCUGCAAAUAUUUCAGCAGAAAGCAAUAUCCACCCCCACCUACCUUCAUCUGGCUCUGCCAGAGGUGUUUGGUUCAGCGAUUGCAAGUGAUAAUGCUGCGUUUCUAUAAUGAUCCAUUUCAAAGGUCUCCAGCAGAAAUGGGCCCAUGUAUAUGCCACCUCUCAGUGCGUGUUUGGGAAGACAUGGCCUUCCAGCAUGGCUUUCCCCAAAUGCACUGUCAGGUAUGUAAAUGUCCCAGCUCCAGGGCCUGAGCCAACUUUUUCCUGAAGAAUUCAAGAGUAUACAAAUAGAGUUGCAUGGACUCUGCUGAAUUCUGUCUUAAAGGCUAAAGAAGUAAAGGAGAUCAUUGGAAUAGAUCUUCUACCUGGUGUUCUCUGUCCAUUUUGGCUGAAUGCAGUGCUGUGGUUCAGCUUUUGGUCCCACCACAGUGUGGAGGUGCAAUAAGAACCCCAAAUUUGUUGCUGGUCAGAGAGCUGAAGCCACAACAAACCCAGGACUGUCUCUGUGAAAUGCUGCAGCUGAUGAAAGCUCACUGAUCCCAAUUGUUGAAAAAAGGGAAAAAAAAAUCUGGGAGAGUAUCCUCUUAUGGGCUUUAUGCCUGUAUAUUAAUAUGCAUCAUCAGUGUUGUGGCAUAAUUUUUCUACUGUUACACCCUGAGGAAGGAUAUAGACAGUUAAAUGAGGAGCACCUUCCCUUGGUGAAGCUCGUGAGACCCCUAUAAGGAGUCAGUGCUGGGGAUGCAAGAACUGUGGCCCAGCAGACAUCACCCAUAGCUGUGAUGCUUGCUUAAGCACAGCAAGAAGUGGAUAAGCUGUUGUCUCCUGCUAGAAGCAGGGAUGAGUUCUAAGCACCUGCUAUGGGUGAGGUGGUUCCUGGAUGCAGUUGGGAUGAAUGCAUAGAAAAAUAUACACCGAAUUUACCCAGGAUGCACAGACACUGUCAGAUUUGGCUGAAAUCAACCAACAUACUCAAAAACUGAACAGGGCCAAGCAAGACAGGAUUUGACUGCAGACAAAUCAUUUCCUUAGGAAAUGGGACUAAAAAUAGGAGAGGGACACAAGGGAAACUUCUUCUUGACACUCCCCUCUACAGCUGGGUUUUUGUCCUGAAAUCUGAGGUUUGGAGCUCUUGCUGAUGUUUUCUGGGCUCCAGAUGGAGUCAAGCUGCAAAUGUGGUUCCUGUGAGUACUGGAGUAGCUCUAGAGGAGCAGGGACUGAUGCAGGGAAGCACGUGCCAACUCAUCAUGGUAAGAGCAGCGUAAGUGCAGAGGGAAUGGUGCUGGGCUCAGAGGUUGCAGGGCAGGAGCUCCAUGUAGAAGCUACUGAAGCAAUUCUCACCUCAAUGUUUUGUAUCUCCACUUGCUCAUUUCCCUUGUUUUACCAGUGCCCUCUUUCUGAUGAGAGCUUCAAUGGCUCUCACUCUUCUGUCAUUGGUAGCAAUCUUUAGGAAACCCUUCUCCAUGUUCAAGGUCAGAACACAGCUCUUGGGUGCUGUGCACGCACCAGUGCUGUUGAGCUUCACCAUGCAUUAUGGGCUGUAAAUAUCGAGUUUUGGGUUGGGUUACCUUGAGUGCUGGGUAAGGCAGUGCGUGUGACCUGGGUUCUGCUGCAGGCAAAUUCACCAGAGUUUAUCAGGCAAAGAGCAGUCCGUGUGAGGGAUGAGGAGAGCCUUUGGAAGGGAGGCUGGAGCCCUAGGGUGGUCGUUUGACUGCUUCACACUCUUUCUCGUGUCUGUUCUGGAGUUUUAGCGCUGCUGUCACCUGUGCCGCCCAUGCAAGAGGCAUCCUGGAGUUUGCUGAAGGUGGCCGAGAUGCUGUGGGGCUUUUCCCUCCUGCUUACCCACAAGCCUAGCAAACGGGAGCUGAUCGUUAACUGGGGGUGAGGAGGAGGGAGGUGAGCAUCCCCCAGCCCGCCCGCACCCAGUCUGCCCGGCCCCUGGGGCGGAGCCGGUGGAGCGCGGAGCUCCGAGCUGCUGAGCGCGGUGCUGCGAGGGACGGAACGCGGAGCUCCGAGGGACGGAGUCCCGGCCUCGGAAUGAGCUUCCCGCGGCCCCUGCGGCGCUCCGUCAGCCUGAGCCCGGCCCGAACCCUGCGGCUCGUCGUGCUGGGGCAAGGCGCCGUGGGCAAGACAGCACUGACUGUCAGAUUCAUCACCAGAAGGUUCAUUGGAGACUAUGACCCAACAUUAGAAAUGAUUUACAGACACAUGGCUGUCAUUGAUGGGGAGAUGGUGCACUUUGAAAUCCUCGAUACAGCAGGACAGGAGGAAGACUCCCUGCAGAUAGAGGAGAAGAUCAAGUGGGGCGAUGGCUUUGCAGUGGUCUACUCGGUGACAGACAGGUGCAGCUUUGAUGAGGUGAUGCGGUUGUGUUUCCUCAUCAACCACAUCCACUCCAGCCCUAAGCGGAGCGGCGGGAGCGAGCAGCCACCUGUGGUCAUCGUGGCCAACAAGAAGGACUUGCAGUUUGACAGAAUGGUGUCCACACAAGAUGGCGAAAACCUUUCCAAAGCUUUAAAGCUUCCUUUCUAUGAGAUUUCCACUCGGGACAGCUAUGAGGAGACCGUGGCAGUGUUCAAUACUCUCUACCAAGAGCUCAUGAGGCAGGGACAUUUUUCCCCAGGCUCCUUCAAGAGGAGGACAGUGUCGAAAGUGAUGGAGAAGAUCCCCAAGAUGCAAGCCAGCUCCACCUUGAACUCAGCAGGCCGGAGUCUCAGCUUUAACUCUUUUAGGGACUACAUCCCUGAGUGAGCAUCCCUGGUGCAGAGAAACAUGACUGAGGGAUGGGUCCUCCUACUGCUGAGGCACCUGUUAUGUAGUGAGGAGCUGCUUUACUUGGGGUUGAAGAGUAGCGUGUAGAGCAGGAGGGGAAUGUUAAGAUGUGGCAUUAGUGUUCAGCAGCCUCUGAAAGCCUGGUCGCUACAAACAGGCUUUGGGUCUGCAGGAAGGAUGCUCUUCCUCUGUCCCACCCAUCCUCCUCCUGCUUGAAGUCAGCAACAAAGGAGAGCUUGCUGGGUCUGUCCCUGUCCCUUCUUCAUGCUUCUGGGCUGGCAGUGAGGGCAUGUUUUAAAGCAGAGAUUUGUUUACAGUAAGGAUAAAAAGUCUGCUAAUCCCUGGCUUUUCUCAAAAGCUAUAUUUUUUUAACAUCUGAAGCUCCUUGGCAUUCUCUCCUGUAACAUCAAUGUAAAUAAAAGCCUGGGCAAAGGGCUGUUUGCUGAGGCUGCCCCUUGUUUGUCAUCUCCAGGGCUGCUAGCCUUUAAAGGGAAGCAAAUUGGAUGGCAUCACUGCUGUGCCCUGCAACCUUAGGCUAAGGUCACACUGCUCCAUCCUGGGGUAAUGUCAUUCCUGAUGCAUGCCCUUGCCCUGGAACUCCUCUCAGUGUGUGUCUUGGAGACUCCCAGAGUGCAAGCAGUGAGUUUGGAUACAGAGGAGUGGAUACUGGGAAGUGCAAAUGAUUCUUAGUCCCUUAUCUGCAUUUUAACUGCAGCUGCAACCCUGUAGGUGGAUAAGUUGGUGGGAUUUUUUUGCUCAGAUUGGCUUUGUUAUGGGGCAGCAAAGGCAAGGAAAGGAGCCAGGCUUGCAUCUUUUUGCUGCUGCACCCUCAGUGCCAUUGAGUGUCCUCUUGCUAAGCUGCUUCUGUGCAAUUUCUCUCACAUGCAGAACUCUGCUUUGCCACCCCUGGUGAGUUUUUUGGAAGAUGUGUGGUGUGCCACUUGUGUGUCUUCUGAGAAACAACUGUGUGCCACUGUGCCCUGUGCCAAUAAAAGUCGAGUUAGCACCUGUGUGUGAUGGUCUCUUGCCUGGAUGUUCCCAUGGGAGCAGAGAAGAGAUUGUUGUACCAUGCUAAAACAGAUACGUCACUUUUAGGGAGAGCAUGGGUGGGGAAUAAGCCUUUAAAUUGGGGGUUGGUGUCUCCUGUUGCAUCCACCCCAUCCCUUUGUGUGUGCUCCCCCUUUGAUGGUGCAAAAAGGAAUAAGCUGGCAGAGAUGCACACCCAGGAUUCACAGCCUGAGGAUAUAACUCAUGCUCCAUCCCUUUCCUGCCCACAUGGACACCCAUGACCCCUUGUAGUCCCAA